UUUCUCCUCCUCGUCGUCCUCCUCCUCCUCGUCCUCGUCGUCGUCAUCUCCAACGCGAGCUCGACGAAGCCAAGGAGAGGAGGAGAGAGAGAGAGGGAGAGAGGGAGGAGUGAGACCGACGCGAAGGCCUCCGCCCCCCCGAAUCCGGCCACCGCCAUUCCGCUAGAUCGUUGGCGCCUCAGCUUCCCUUCCUCCCGCGGUUUCUUUUGUUGGAGGGAUUUCUCGAGGCAUGCAGAGCCAGAUCGUGUGCCAUGGGUGCAGGAACAUUCUGCUCUACCCGAGAGGGGCACCGAGCGUUUGCUGCGCGGUGUGCCAUGCCGUGUCCAGCACAGCACCGUCUCCAGGAAUGGAUAUAGCUCAUCUUAUAUGUGGUGGAUGCCGAACUUUAUUGAUGUAUACUCGCAAUGCGACAUCUGUUAGAUGUUCGUGCUGCGAUACAGUCAAUCUUGUCAGACCAGUGAGUAGUAUAGCUCACUUGAACUGUGGCCAGUGCCAGACAGUGUUGAUGUAUCCAUACGGAGCACCUUCUGUCAAGUGUGCUAUCUGCAAUUUUAUUACAAAUACUGGGAUGAAUACAAUGAGACAUUUGCCACCAAAUGGAACUUCAUAUACUGCCCCAUCAACCUCUGCUCCAACCACUCAAUCACAGAAUGUUACUGUUGUUGUUGAAAAUCCUAUGACGGUAGAUGCAAAGGGAAAGUUGGUGAGCAACGUUGUAGUUGGGGUUACAACUGGUGGUAAAAAGUAACAUAUUGGCACACAGUGCACCUUGUUUUAUGUUCCAUAUAUGGAGUUGGAAAUACUUUGUAUUAUACACAAAUGUUUGUGAUCAAUUGCUGGAAGGAACCCUGAAGAGCAUAGGGGCACUCGCAAUGUGCACAAUUACAAUCAAGCUAAAAAAACAAACUGCAGGUGUGAAUACUGAGAUACUGUAGUUUGUUACCCCUGAUUCUUUUGUAUGUAAUAUGAGAGCUCUGUUGGAUUUUAUUGUGUGAUCAAAUCAUCUCCAGAUGGCACUAGCUGCCUUCUCAAUGAAUAAUAACAGAUUGCGUUCAACAUAGCGCAUGUUUUGUAUACAACCUGAAUGAGCUGAUUUUGUAAAAUGCAUGGUUUUACUACUAUUUCUGGAACUA